GAUAUUAUAUAGUUGGGUAAUGAAACGUCUGCAAGAAAACAACCAAGCUCAGAGAUCACCAAGGGCUUCCUCAUCCUCCAGAAGGUCAGGCCAGAAGCUCUGGGGGGUCCAGAGCCUCCAACUGGGAACGCACAACCUUAAAUUUUGAAUUUCUGAAUGGAAGGUUUCUUUCCCCCCCCCCCCCAUUGCUACCAUGCUUCAGUCUCCUGUCUCUAAAAACGGGAACGGAAUACCUACUUCCUUCUUUACGACAAGCCUGUGAGGUAGGCUAGGAUGGAAGGCUGCUCUGGUGACCUCUUGGGAAACACCAGAAGAUGGCUGUUCCUCAAUUGUGACCUGCAGGAAAACCUCUCCACUGCACGGCACAUUUCUCCAAAUACAAUUCUGCCUUCAGAAAAAUGAGACUUCCAUCGUAUUUAAACGGAAAGGAUGGGAACUGUAGUCCAGCAUAUUUGGAGGAGGGUCGAUUCCCUCGGCGUAUCCCCUGGGUGCUGCGGGAAGCACAGAUGGGAAGCUUAGCAAUUGCUCCAAGCGCAAGUCUUGCAAACACAGCCUCAAGGACGCCACUUGAGAUUAAAACCGCAGUGCUCCGUGCAUGUCUAGAGUUUUAUUUCCUCCCAUCCAGGCUGGAUUGAGAGACAAGCUGUAAAAAUUGCAGGAAUAAUUGGAAGGUCAGAAGGCGUGUCUGUUUCUUCCUUCCCAGAUCUGGAUUUAUGCCUUGGUGCAAUCUCUCUCUCUCUCUCUCUUUUCCUGGAAAUUGCAAACAGCCUUCAAAAUGUGGAACGUGACACAUUUAAGUUGCGGUUGGACAAAAAAGAAAGAGAAGAAGCUUCGAAGCUGGUGAUGUUGACACGAAUCACGCCAGCGUCUUUGGGGAUGCUCCAGAUGUGUUUCCUCUUGAGAGCAACAAAGGGGCAAGCUUGAAGCAUUCGAUUCCAGAGACUUGUCUGCAACUCCCAUCCAGAAAGCAAAAAUAUUCUUGUCCAUCAAUGCCGAUCUCUUUAGAGUCUGAAGUCAUCUCCUCAUCUUCUGCCAACUGCACCAAGCUGGACUUCCAGUUCUCCCCCAUGGAGCUGCUAAACCCGGCGGCUUCUGGAGACGUGUGCAACGGCAGCACGCCGGAGGGGAAACCGAGUCCCUUCAACCCCGAGGUCCUAAACAUGACAGCCGAGGAACUGCGCCUCCGAUACCUGGGACCCCGUCGGUCAGGUUUUUUCGUUCCCGUCUGCACCACCUACCUGCUGAUUUUUGUGGUGGGAGCCCUGGGCAACCUCAUGACCUGCUUGGUGAUCAUCCAGCACCGCUUCAUGAGGACGCCCACCAACUAUUACCUUUUCAGCCUGGCCAUCUCAGACCUCCUGGUGCUUCUGCUGGGCAUGCCGUUGGAGAUUUACGAGAUGUGGAGCAACUACCCCUUCCUCUUAGGGGCCGGGGGCUGCUGCUUUAAGACCCUGCUCUUUGAGGCCGUCUGCUUCGCCUCCAUCCUCAACGUGACGGCCCUCAGCGUGGAGCGCUACAUUGCUGUGGUCCACCCGCUCAAGGCGAAGUACGUGGUGACCAAAAACCACACCCAGAAGGUGAUCGUCACGUUGUGGGUCCUCUCCAUUGUCUGCUCCAUCCCGAACACAAGCCUACACGGGUUACAGACUCUCUACGUGCCCGGAUGGGGUGUGGUUCCCGACUCGGACACCUGCACCCUGGUGAAGUCCCCGUUGAUCUACAACCUCCUCAUCCAGAUCACCACCGUCAUCUUCUUCUUCAUCCCCAUGGCCAUCAUCAGCGUCCUCUAUCUGCUCAUCGGCCUGCAGCUGCGGAAGGAGAAGCUGCUGGAGGCUCUAGAGGCCAAAUCAGGAAGCUGGUCCGACUACCACAACGUCCGCCUCCAGCAGAAGAAGGCUCGGCGGAGGCAGGUGACCAAUAUGUUGUUCGUGCUGGUGGUCGUGUUUGGCAUCUGCUGGGCCCCCUUCCACACCGACCGGCUGGUCUGGAGCUUCGUCACUCACUGGACUGACCGGAUGCAACACAUGUUCCAGUACGUUCACAUCAUCUCCGGGGUCUUCUUCUACCUGAGCUCGGCCGCCAACCCCGUCCUCUACAACCUGAUGUCCAGCCGCUUCCGCGAGAUGUUCAAGGACGUGAUGUGCCAACGACGCUUCCAGAAACUGGGCUCCCACAGGUGCUCACCUAGCAGUGUACGCACCACCAUGCGCAGCACCGUUUUGGAACCUCUCCCAGGUGGCCACGGGCUGCCCGUGUCUGACCCGGAGGACAAUGAGGGGGACCUUGUGGGGGACAACGUGGACGAAGGAAAAGACCCGUACCUCUGAAGGCUUUCCCCAACCGGUCGCAUCAGUUGCCUUUCACGCCAGGCGCUGAAGUUUGCAGCUGGAGUAUGUCCUGGACUUAACAACAGUUUAUUAAAUUACAACAGCGCUGAAAAAAGUGACUUAGGACUGUUGGGCUGUGGGUUCGAUCUCCGAGCUUGGCGUUUUGGCUGCAAAGAUUUUGUCUCCGUUCGGGGUGGAGGGACAUUUUCAGCACACUUGGAAUCGUGCUCGUUUGUCAGAGCACUGGCCUUUAAAUACCUUUAUGUCUGAUGUAAAUUGGUACAAUUGACUUAGGACCGUUUUACAUAUAUGACUGUCGCAGCGUCCCCAGGGUCAUGUGAUCAACAUUCAGAUGCUUGGCGACUGACUCGCAUUUAUGACGGUUGCAGUGUCCUCCAGAGUCACGUGAUCCCCCGUUGCGACAAGCAAAGUCGACGGGGGAAGCCAGAUUUGCUUAACGGCUGCGGCGAUUCGCUUAGCCACUGUGGCAAGCAAGGUCGUAAAACGGGGCAAUGCUCUCUUCACUGUCUUGCUUAGCGGUGGAAAUUUUGGGCUGGGCGGCAGUCGUAAGCCAAGGACUUAACUGUA